AUGCAAAACCCAAAUAGUGUUUCUAACGGGGGGCGGCUGCUGGAUGCAGCAGGGGAGCUGAUCACAGCCGCAUAUGAGCUUGGAGUCGCCCACCCUCCUGGCUACCCUCUCUUCACUCUACUGGCCAAACUGGCCACGGGGCUCCUGCCUUUCGGCUCCCCCGCCUGCCGGGUCAAUCUCCUCUGCAGCUUGGUGGGAGCAGCUGCUGCCUCUUUGCUUUUUUACACGGUUUUCAGGCUUUCUGGCUCCUAUGCUGCAGGAAUCCUUGCUGCGGGGGUGUUUUCAUUCUCUCGUCUAACAUGGCAAUGGUCCAUCACGGCGGAGGUUUUCAGCUUAAACAAUCUGUUUGUGGGGCUGCUGAUGGCUCUCACCGUGCAUUUUGAGGAGGCAGCCACUGCAAAGGAGAGAUCCAAGAUCUCUAAACUUGGUGCCUUUUGCUGUGGGCUCAGUUUGUGCAACCAGCACACAAUAGUGCUUUAUAUCGCCUGUGUUGUGCCUUGGGUUCUUGCCCGGCUUCUCAGAAAGAUGGAAUUGUCCCUAGGCCAUUUGCUGAAGUUGGGUUUAUGCUUCUUGGCUGGUUUGCUGCCUUAUCUCUAUCUGCCGGCUUCAUCCUACCUCAAUCAAGCCCGUUGGACAUGGGGAGACCAGACGACUUUUCAAGGAUUUUUGACCCACUUUCUCAGGGAAGAAUAUGGGACAUUCAGUCUGGCCAAGUCUGAGACAGGAUCCACUAUGAGAGAGAUGCUGAUUUUUCAGCUGGCACAGAUGAAGUCGGAGCUCUCCCUUCCUGUCCUUGCCCUGGCACUCGUGGCCUGUGUGAGCGCGAUGCUGCCGACAAAGCAGCAGAAGUCACCCGUGAUCUGGCUCUUCACUGGCAUGCUCUGUCUUUAUUCCCUUUUCUUUGCUUGGAGAGCAAAUUUGGAUAUUACAAAACCUCUCUUUCUGGGUGUGGUAAGUUACACUCCAAAAAUUCCCCUGACCGCCGUGCUGGAGGGCAGCCGGGUGCUGCUGUGGCUGGAGCAGCUUUCUGCCCUCAUGCUUGUUGCUUCUCAAGUCUGGGCAAAUUAUAGUGCUUGUGACCAGAGCAACAACUAUGUUGUUGAUAAGUUUGCAAGGAAUCUGCUGUCCUCUAUGCCACCAGGGGCAGUGAUCUUGCUAAGAGGAGACUUACCUGGGAACGCUCUUCGUUAUGUUCAUUAUUGUGAAGGGAUGAGACCUGAUGUCACCUUAGUGGACCAGGAGAUGAUGACUUAUGGGUGGUAUUUACCCAAGCUGGCCAAACAUUUACCUGGUGUUCAUUUUCCUGGGAGCCGGUGGAACCCCGUGGAAGGAAUAUUACCUGAUGGGACACUUGCUUUUAAUCUCCAUCGUUUCCUCAAAGUAAAUAAACAUAAGGAAGUGUUUGUCUGCAUAGGUCUUCAUGAAGGGGACUCAACCUGGAGGAGGGGCUAUUCACUCUGGCCGUGGGGGACGUGUGAAAAGUUGGUUCCUUCUGAUGUUGUCUUUGAUCCAGCAGAGUGGAUUCAUCUUACAAGAAAUCUCUAUAACUGGACUGAGGACUAUGGCAGUUUCAAGCCCUCUUCCUGGGAAGCUGUCGCCAACGAGGAGAUGUGGCAAGCCAGGAUGAAAACAGCUUUCUUUAUAUUUGACCUUGCAGAAACUGCCAGUGUGACUCCAGAAAUGAAAUCCCAACUUUACACCUUUGCCUACACUUCUUACAAAGAAAUUGUCAACUCUCAUCCAAAUCACCCAGUGAACUGGCACAAAAACUACGCCAUCGCCUGCGAGAGGAUGUUGCGUCUCCAUGGGGUGGAUGUGGAUCCUGAGGCCUUGCUCUCUGACACGGUGAAACAUUUCCUUCUGUACUCUGAGAAAGCAGAGGAUGAUCCCCAGAAGCAGGAUAUUCUGCAGGCUGUGGAGCACCUGAAGAAAGAGCUACAGGGACUGAGGGAAAUGAAAGAAGGUCUGAGACGGAGGCCUGGGUAGCGCCUGGUCCUCUACCCACCUGCUGAAGUGCUGACAUUUCAAAGUCUUCAAAUCUGAAUUAGUCCUUGAUGACAUGAGGGU